AUGGCGACGCGCGCGCGCGGGAAGGUGAAGUGGUUCAACGCGACCAAGGGAUUCGGGUUCAUCAUACCGCACGAUGGAAGCGAAGAGAUAUUCGUGCAUCAAACGGGGAUCUCGUGCGCGGGAUUCCGGUCGGUGUGGGAGGGUGAGGAGGUUGAAUACGAUGUCGACGACACCGACUUCGCGCCCAAGGCGGUGAACGUGACUGGGCCGGAUGGCGUCGCGGUGAAAGGGGCGCCGAGGCGACGGCAUCGGAACCGGUUGACGAAGCAGAAGGCGAAGACCGAUACCACGGAACCCACGAUCGCGGAGAAAACGGAUUGA